AAUGGGAAAAUUAAGCAUUUAAACCGAUUUAAAAAUUUAGUUCAAAUAUUAAUUAUAGUUAAAACGCACAUAACAAGUUUUUGUUGGUUGGAGUGUAACAUAUUUAGUCGAAAAUGGCUCAAUCUAAAUUGAACGAUAUGGCGAAUAAAUUUGGAGGUAACCCCAAAGGCUUAGGGACCGGACUAAAAGUUCUUGCUGCAGCCGGCGCUGCCGUUUAUGCUGUUAGUCAGUCAAUGUUCACAGUUGAAGGUGGCCACAGAGCUAUAAUUUUCAAUAGGAUUGGUGGAGUCCAAAACGACAUCUACACUGAGGGUCUGCACUUUAGAAUUCCAUGGUUCCAAUAUCCAAUAAUUUAUGACAUUAGGUCUAGGCCAAGGAAGAUAUCGUCACCCACUGGUUCCAAAGAUCUGCAGAUGGUUUCCAUCGGACUGAGAGUGCUGUCACGACCCAACGCAACCAAGCUCCCUGACAUGUACAGACAGUUGGGUUUAGACUAUGAUGAGAAAGUGCUGCCUUCCAUCUGCAAUGAAGUCCUCAAGUCUGUCGUUGCCAAAUUUAAUGCAUCUCAACUCAUCACCAUGAGACAGCAGGUUUCGCUCAAAGUGAGACAAGAACUGAUAGAGAGAGCGCAAGACUUCAACAUUAUCCUUGAUGAUGUUUCUAUUACUGAAUUGAGUUUUGGAAAGGAAUACACAGCUGCUGUUGAAUCAAAACAGGUAGCUCAACAAGAGGCCCAGAGGGCAGUUUUCGUCGUAGAAAGAGCCAAGCAGGAGAAACAACAGAAAAUCUUCCAAGCAGAAGGAGAGGCAGAAGCUGCCAAAAUGUUGGGUCAGGCGGUCGGCAUGAAUCCUGGUUAUCUCAAGCUGCGAAAGAUCAGAGCUGCCCAGAGCAUCGCACGAACUAUCGCCAACUCUCAGAACAAGGUAUACCUCAGUGGUUCCGCCCUCAUGCUGAACAUCAGUGAUCCCGCUUUCGACGACCUCAGUAAUAAACUUAAAAGCCCUCGAUCAAGCUAUUCUCAGCACAAUUCUGGUCCUGACUCGGAGGAGACAGUCGCAGACACCGUACAACAAACUGCCGCUCAAAUUGUCAACAGUCGCUCUUAACUUUAGGCUUUUUACAAUCUUAGACGCAUUUCUUAACACUAACUUAUCAGAGGAUAACAGUUCAAUUGAAUUGAAGAGCUUAUCAUUACUGUAAAUUGGUAACCAUUUUGACAUUAUCCAGAUAUACGCCAACAUCACUGUGGAUAUUUUACGUAUAGGUCCUAACCUAUUUGAUUUAUUGGCUUUUUCAUGAUGGAAUAGCCUCUGGAUCGUCUGAAU